CCUUUUGUCUCCUGCGAAGCUUAGGGGAAUUAUUGCUCUCGUAAACUCCAGCUUUACGACCCAGUCGUUGGAGCGACAAAAUUCGGUCAUACUAAUCUACCUGCUAAGCUGCAUUUUGGGAAGAUUAAGUCUCGAGUGUCACCCCUAGUCGCAAGGCCGGGACACUUUCGUCGCUUGACCUGAACGGCAUUUUUGUGUCCUAGCUACAAUACAUAUACAGUCUACAGACGACAGGCCUUGGUGCAACAUGCCCCCUGGUAGCACCGCGUAACUACACUAUGGCUCUGACCUACUGUUACACCUGACAAAGUUUGGAGAUAAUAUACACUCUUCUUGCCGAAGUCCUGUACCCCCAGAAGGGGAAGGUGGAGUCAAAUUUCCUUUCAACGCGAGGACGGUAAGGCAGGAAGGUCUAUAAAGCGGUCAUCAACCAAAGCUUAAUCAAGAAAUCCAUUGGGACCUAUGUUAUUACGAAGUCAUGCGUGUUUGAACUCGUUCCUGGGAGGGUCCAUUGCCACAUAUCUUCUGCUGGUGGAUAUAUAUGCGUAUAAACAUUACGGUACAUAGAAGAGCUUGAAUUGAAUCACCCUCGUCAGCUGUGUAAUACCAUGUCACAUUUAUUACCAAGUUAAUUCUGGAAAGACAAACAUUGACCUGCCGAUAGCGCUAUGGUGUUCACAUGAUAUAUUGCUAGUUUUAUUACAUUACUGUCACGAAGGCUUAGCGGUGUGGAGGACUGCUCACAAGGAAAAUAACACUGAUAACAAGGCGUCGAUAUUCCCUCAACAUGGUAUUGACCGAGGCUCCCAGCUACAACUCCACCCGCGUUCAACGGGCUUUCCGUAUCAACAACAUAGAGCAGACAAGGCUUAAUGGCCGACUACAGCUGCUUGAGAAGGAGAAAAUUCAUGCAAUCAGAGUAACCAAUCAGGACAUUCGUCUCAUUUCUCUGACGUUAGAUUAUAUACAGGCUUGUAGUGGUCGAAGCCAAGAGGCUGUUCCCAUUCCCACCCCACGAAGUGUUUCGGAAGCAUCGGACGAUAACGCCGAGGAAGAUCCUUGUUUUCUGUAUGGUGAGCGAAUCGUGAGCAGACGAGCGAAACGUUUUCAGCGACCACAGUCGUCCGCCUCCAGCCGCCAGCCGUCAGAGGAAGGCGAUACACCUGCGCGUUCAAGACCUCGCCGCCUGCUCCGGCCACAAAGUAGUCCACCGAUGAACUCUGAAAAGCGCCUCAGCAAUGAUUUGCAGGGCACUUUUGUAACAGAACUGGUUUCUGGUCGCUCGUCGCCAUCUGAAGCUUGUUCUGAAAUGUCUUCAGUAACGCGAAAGUUAUUGGAGGCGCAGAUGGGAGGCGGCAAAAGAGGUUCCGUGUUUGCGGCAGAAACACGACGUCGACCAGAGAGAAGCCAGAGCGCUAUGUCGCGUGUUUUGAGGACAGAGGCGACGCUUGCGACGCUUCCACCGUCAGGUUCCGAGAAGCGCGUUGGCAGCGAGGGAAGCCAUAGAUCCAGUUUCUCCUCCCAAAGAGGAGUUGGCAUCUCCGAAAUCCUGAAUAAGGCUGACGUCCAUGUUAUGUCUGCUGGCGCAUGGAAGUCCCACCUAAAACACAAAAAGGGCACAUCCCCUGUAAGAUAUUCUCGACAAAGAAAGGACAUUAUGGCUCAUAAAAUGGAAAUCAACAACGGUCGAAAUCGGAAAAUUCAGCUUAGGAUGAACAAUUUUAUUUCUCAACAUCCACUGGCACCUAGUGCUCUACAAAGAUAAAAAGAGUACAUGGUUGAAAAAAACACUAGAUCUCAGAUCUGUUUCUUUCUUCCGAGUUUCACUUCAGAAAUAAAGAUCUGAACUCUUCUAUUCAGUAACCCGGAUGGGGCUCCAGUGGCCCACGGGGUUAGCACGCCAGCACGCCCCAGAAGCCUCCCACCAAUGCGGUCGCUGUGAGUUCAAGUCCAGCUCAUGCUGUCUUUCUCACAGGCAGUACGUGGAAAGGUCUGUUAGCAACCUGCGGGUAUUCGUGGGUUUCUCCCAGGCUCUGUCCGGUUUCCUUCAAAGAUCAUACUGGCCGAUGUCGUAUAAGUGAAAUAUUCUUGAGUACGGCGUAAAACACCAAUUAAAUAAAUCAAAUAACUAACCUGGAACUCGGUCUUUCUGAGUAUGCUACUUUCAGUAUGAUUGUGUCAAAGCUGGAUGCUAAAAAGCAUGUUUCAUUAAUCGGUAGUUUUGACUUCAUACUUCCUCGUUAUUAGUGAAUAAUAAACACCAUAACGCCAUUUUCGAUUCGAGUCAGCUGAUAAGGGAUAAAUUCGUGGAACGUUUGGAUAAACGACGUGUUUAAGAGUCUUAAAUUUAUUUGUAUUUUAAUAAUAAGACCAUUCUAACAACGGAGUAACGUGAUUCGCAAAUGGCUGUUUUGGGUUGCUGCUCGAGUCACUCUCGCUCAAAAAUCACAAGACCAAUUUCCAAAACUACAUUCAACACAAAUCACGAAGCAUAUCCCUUGAUGAAGUCAAGAAAAACUUGCAAAAAACUGAAUGGAAGUUCUGAAUGCUGCAUAUGCUAAAAUAAAUGAGUUAUUUCACCGUACAUGUACCAUGAAAUCAAUCAUAGUUGUCGAUAAUUCUAUGCUAAAUCUUACUCUUCCAUUCGUUUUUUCAGGGCUCUGUCAGGUUUCCUCCCACCAUAACAAGUGAAAUAUUCUUAAGUUCGCCGUAAAACACCAAUCAAUUAAAUAAUUUAUUUUCCAGUCUUUACACUUUAAAUUAUGAAUAAGGCCUUGAGAAAGGCCUAUUUCUGUGGUUACUACGGCUGUUCCAUGUAUGCAUUCUGGAGAGUUCUAGCGCAUCACAUAGUGACUGUUAGUGAAAAUGCGUAAGACAUUCACAAGCCUGGCUGGACUAUUGUAGAUUAAAGCCACGACUGAUCUCUGAUUAUCUCUAAGGAGUGGGAUUUGCACCGACAAAACACAAAGUAUUUACAUUUAAAAUCGAUGUGUUUAGUCCACCAUUACUACCAAUGAAUUGUUUUAUGGGUGCUCUCAAUUUUUACAUCAAUACUAGUUUUAAAGAUUGUUCAACAAAAUAUCUGAAAUCAUGAGAAUAUUUUCAAUGUGCUAGAUUGUUUGAACUCUCUUGAAAGGGUUGAUCUCACGCCAUUAAUUGAACAAUAACUUGUUUUUGUUGUAAUCCACAUUAGAUUGAAUCUCUUGUAUUUUUCAUUAUUGAUAUGUUUUACAUGUGUAUGCUCUUCACAUAUGAAAUGUUUUAUCACCAAUGCAAUUCGUCUGUAUUCAAGAAUUUGAAGGCGUCAAGAAAUUGAUUUAAAGGGGGAUAACUCUUACAGCCUUACAGUCGUACGAAGUCGGUCUUCGGAUCAGCUGGACCAUUUAUUAGUGUUCAAGACCGCUAUUAAUGUUACAUUGACUUCAGAUAAAAGUACCAGUUAGGUAUUAUUAUGACAAGAUUCUCUGUGUUACAGUCUGAUUUCAAUACUUAACCACUGUUUAUCUUUUAAUACCCUAUUGAACAGCUUCCAGAACAAUACACGUUAUUGUUAUCAUUUGACGCCCUGAACUGUGAUUUGGAUACUUCGUUUAGGACGUGUUACGUACUUAGUACAUACUUGAUUUAUGCUUACAUUGUUACAGUAUUGUAUGUUACAAGAAGUUUAGCUGUUUUGUUUUUCUUGCCAUCUUAAAUACGAUGUAACUACCCAGUGUUUUUAUUUCAUACCAUAUUGAACAGCUUCCGGAACAAUAAACGCUCUUGUGUUAUCGGUUGACGCCCUGAACUGUGAUUUGGAUGCUUCGCUUAGGAUAGGUAAAGUACGUAAUACAUACUUGAUUUACAUUUCUCACAUUGUAACAGCAUUGUAUGUUGUUUGCUGAGGGUUUUAGUUGCCUUAUUUA